GGCAGCGUCGGGGGAGGACGGAGAGGGGAGCCGGGCGGGGGCUCAGCCAGCCAGCCAGCCCGCCUGAGCGGAUACGGGCUGAGCCUCCGCUGCCGCCGGCCGCUUCCCCAGCAGGCAGCGCCCCAGCCGGAGGGGCGAAGAUGGGCCGUCCCGCCGGCUUCUCUCUGCUGACGGCCGCCGCCCUGUGGUGGUCCUGGGGGGCGCAAGGCCAGGUCUAUUAUUCUUGUGGGGCUCAAUUCAGUUCAUGGGAAAGAGGGCUGAUUUUGUCUCCUGGUUUCCCCAAUAAUUAUUCAUCGGGCAUGCACUGCGUCUGGCGGUUUCUUAUCCCUGCCAAGACCUACUUAUUGUUGGAGAUUUUUGACUUUGACGUGUUUGAAAGCACAAGGGAAGACCCAAAAGCCUGGGAUGGGUAUUUCUCUUUUACAAAAAAUACAAAUUCUUCACCCAAAGAAGAAAUCACAGAGUCUUCAAGCACCGUCUUUCCAGCCAAGACUUCCGUUCCUCCUGAUCUUGACUCAGCAGAUCUUAAUGAUGGCCUUCCAGGAGCUACUUCUCAAAAUCUUGAGUGGAAAGAAUUCCAUCCAAGUGGAGAACCCAAAGAUGUCACUCAACCAAGUCAAUUUCCAAUCCAGGAAGAAACCAACAAAACCUUGACGAGACAAACGUCUGUUGGAAAACAGGAGAAGAAGGACUCGGUGGACAAAAUAUUCUUUGCCCACUACCCAAAUAAGGAGAAUGCCAAAGGUCCUCAGAAACAUUUAGGAAAGGUGAUAUUUGGAGAAGAUGCUGUCAUUUCAACCAUGAUCUUGCCAGGGAACAUCUCUUCCACUCCACCGUUCUCAGCAGAUGUUUGCCCAGAUGAUGUUUUAUAUGUCUCGGACCUCGUUGCUUUUUCUUCUCGUUUCUGUGGGACAAAAUCGCCCUUAAACCAAAAUAUGACCUUUGGAUCUUCUCUUAAGAUGGUGGAAGUUAUUGUGGAGCUGAUCACCACAACCGACCGUGGGCGGGGCUUCGCCAUGCUCUUUGAAUACAAGAAUGGGACGGAAGUGAUGCCUACGAACGACAUCCAGGAUGGAGAAGAGAACACCAUGAUGCUGGUGAUCAUAACUGGGAUCCUGUUUUUUGCCAUGGUCCUUUUAUCCUCGCUCUGCAUUGCAUGUAGGUGGAGGUUGUGUCUCAAAAGAAGCUCUCUCGAAGUCCACAGUGAUCAAGAAACUCAGAUCCAGAACUCCGGUGUCGACGUCAGUGAACUCCAGCUGGUGAUCCCAUGUCAAGAAAAUGAAAACAACAACCAUUCUCUCGGGGAAAAUGGCGUCGUCACCUCCUGCCCUGGCAAUCUGGAACCCAUCAUUGAUCUCGAGGCCUCUCCAACAUCAGCUGUGAUGGGAAGUGAUGAGGUGUUUAUUAUUUCUGCCAAUCCAGAACCUGGUUCCUUGAGUUUUACCUCUUGUAAAAUACAGCCCAAGAAGUUGACCAGAAGCAUCACCAGCCCCACUUCCGUCUCGGAAUGGCUGAUCCCCACGCCGACGGAGCCUGGCGGUCAAGCCUCCAACUCCCGGGGCGAAAACCCCAAGGAGGCUUAUGGGAAGCAGCAGACCUGGCGCGCACGUACCUUCCACGACCUCUUGGCUCCAUUCCCACAGCUGCAGGAGCAAUGGUGCAACUGGACCACCAAAAGCCCUUUCCCCAAACUGAGCAAAAGCGGAGGUUUUUCGACCUCAACCCCAACCCAGCCCAUCAGAAUUCCAAAAGUUACCUCCGCUGGAGAAAUUGAAGGAACGUCUGAAGGGUCUCCCUUGGAAGGCUUGGCCAGCACCGCCUCUUCCCCGUGGACACAUUCAGCCCAGAAACCGCAGAAGCUGACCGGUUGUUCUAACUCGAGAAGAUCCCAAUUUGCAAAGCCCUCUUUUGACUUCUUGACCGGUUCUCCUGGCCGAAGCCACCUAAGGCUUCAUGAGCACUCUGAACUUGAGGGCAGUCUGUCCCCGGUCAACAGUCCCCAUCUGGGAGAGAAAGAUGCUCCAGAUGGUGCCCUCAGAUCGAAAAGCGACGUCAUCAGCGGUUCCAAGCCCAAGGAAGCUUCUGUAGAUAUGGACGGGCCCAAACCAAUGUUUGUUAUUUCUGAAGAAUGGGAUGAUCAGCAGCCUUUGGUUCUGGCAGAACAUACAAAUCAAUGUGUCGAUGUUUUGUCUGAGACAAAUGCCGUUCUCUGUGAAAGAGGAAUGGCCAUGAGGAAGGAGCAGAUGGUGGAACUGUCGCUUGAAGAAGGCCCGGAGGAGGCCACCGGAAGCAGCUUGGGCAUGGGUCUGUGGGGGGAGCCCUCCAGUCCCUACCAAGAUGUCUUUAAGGGUGACAGGAAUGAAACCUAUGCUCCUGCCCCAAAACCAGAGUCACCGGCCCGUUUGAAUUCAGGAACUUGUCCGAAUGUGUUGUUUUGAUGGGAAGGUCCUUGUCUGGAAGGUGAAGAAGACUGAAAGUUCCUUUGAGAUGGAAAAGAGCUGCUCUCCAUACAGACAUUCAGAGACAGCCUUGAUCUGCUUAAGGGCACAAUCCUGCACUCAACAAUGCUUGCCCAAAUCGUUGUCUAAGUUGGAUGCAACGAUUGUGGGCGAUGCUGCGGAGCACAAUUUUGGUCUUGGUGCCUGGAGACCCACCUGAUGUUUUCCUUCUCAAAUAAGCUUGCUUUUUUAAACAACAACAACAAAACAUUGUGUUCGAAUCAGGAGGUGUGAUGUAUCUAAAGUCUUUUGUGAAUCCUCUCUUUCCAUUUACAGUGACUAUAGUAAGAAGGUUCAGCUGAUAGCCAUCCAAAGUCAGGUCAAUGAAACACCGUCACCACACCAAGAGGGUUUGCAUUCGCACAAUACAUCAUGCCCAGGUUGUGUGAACUUGGAUUCAGUUUGGGGCGUAUUGGCGUGUUGCACGCACUCAAGCCAUUUGCCAGAGUGGCGAGAUGGCCAAAAUAUAUCGUGCCAAGUAGGACACUUACGUGAAUUCUGAAACCAGGCCAAGCCUUUUGAGUAGGCUUCCUUCUUCAGAUUUUAAGAACCACAAUAUGCUUUGGAGCAGAUGAUGGUUCUCCCACCAGAUCUGCCUGCAGCUCUUUAAAGCAAGCUGCCUCUUUUCUGGGAUUACACAAUUACACAACCCAGGGAAGAGAUGCAAUUGGGUUUGCAGCCCUAAACGCACCAUAUUUUGUAUCGGCCCUGCUCCACAUUAUUAAGCCAACAGCUUGGCCUUUGGCUGAAAUUCCUCACUUAGGAGAUGUUCAAGAACGGAUCAGUCCAUGUGACCCUUAGUAAAUUGCACUUGGAAUUACAGUAUUAUUAGAUGACGGGAUGCACGCUCCAGAUUUGCGUUGGUUGAGGGCUUUGAAUUGAACGGGUGAUGGAUAAGAUGUUACGCAAACUUCGUUACGAUUUUUACAGCAAGAUGCAUGAUUUGUUUGCAAGGCCCAUGACUGUUAUCAACUCCAGCUAGUCCUUGACUUACCAUAGUUCAUUUAGCGACCGUUCAAAGUUGCAACGGCACUGAAAAAAGAGAAAUCAUGACCGCUUUUCACACAUACAGAUGUUGCAGUAUUCCCGAUUAAAGUUCAGAUCCUUGGCAACUGACUCGUAUUUAUGACGGUGGCUCACGUGAUUCCCCCUUUUGCGACCAUCUGAUAAACAAAGCCAAUGGAAAAACCAGGUUCACUGAAUUACUGCCAAUUGAACAACUGCAGUGAUUUGCUUAACGUGGCCAGAAAAGUCGUAAAAUGGAGCAAAACUCACUUAGCGAAUUUCUCACUUAGGAACCUCAAUUUUGGGCUUCAUUGCUAAGUCAAGGACUAUCUAUAACGCUGCUCUCGGCGCCACUAAAACAGGCCACUGCUGGGUCUUAAUUAGGGAAGACAAUGUUCUCUCCAGGAACUAUGCACAACUUCAUACCUGAAUUGAAACCAAGUUUUGUUUGUUUUUUAACCCGGUUUGCAGCUAAUGGCCCGGUUGGUAUUUUAAUGGCCUUGUGGUGGAAUGUGAUUUUAGAUCGUCAGAUUCUUCUGAGGCUGGAAUAGAAGGGAAUGUUUCCCAAGUCCUGCAUUUGUUUCAGGCAGCUGGUGGAGGAAGACCCUAAAAUAUCGCCUGGAAAGCAGAUGCCAAGGAAAGGAAUGGAAAAAAUCCAGCUCUAUCAAAUGAGAGCAUUUUUGUAUUCAUCGCUCGGGCGACGUCUGGGAGCUUUAAGACUGGCUCCUAAAAUGCUUAACUCAGAUUAAUUUCUGGUUUUUCACCUGCUGUUGUAAAGCCUCCGUCUGCUCUAGCUUAGCGUACCGGGUGCAGUUGUGGAAGGGGCUUAAGAUUUGGGUGUCUGGUGUGUGCUGCGUGCACAUUUGCACUUUGAAAUGAAGUAUUUUCCCACCUGACAGGUAGGAGCACUAGAUUGGACCGCGGUAGUGGAGGGACAAGCAAAACAAUCAAAUGGAAGGAUUCUUUUCCCCUUACCCUGCUGCUUCCUGUUGUUUUUGCAAUAAAUAAAUAAAUAUAUUAAUCAA